AUGACAAGAGCGACCGAAGCUUUCACGAUUGGUGUCAUCUUAUUCACCACCUACAUCAUUCUUUAUUUAGGUUUUGUGCCAUUACCUGAUAUUGUGCAAGACAAGAUUAUUCCAGUUCUUCCUUGGUGGGGUUUGAUUACGUUUGGUUGCUACUGUCUUUUCACUAUUGGCUUCGCUUUAUUUACAUUCCGCGAUUGUCCUGAAGCAUACCACGAACUCAUGAGUGAGAUACAACAAGCCAAGACCGAUCUACGUGCAAAAGGCAUGCAACUCAACUAG